AUGAUAGACGAGGUCGUGUACAUUCAGUGUGACCUGUCCUCGGUCCCCUGGAAGAGCAGCGCAGCAGCACCUGUGGCUCCCACCUUUCCUCCGACACCCGGUCACUACCACGUCCACUACCGAAGGUGUGGAGAAGCCCAGGUGGGCUGGCAUGGGGAGACCUACUGUCUGGUCGGUGGCUACCGGUCCUAUGGGGAUGCUCCUUUGGCCACCCCAGCAAAGGUGGAAGCAAAGAAGGUAGUCCCCAGACAAGCAGUCAAGAGACAUCAUGCUAGGGAAGAGUCAGAUGAAGACUUCAGCUGCUCCAGCCCCAAAAUCCGGCGAUUAAAGGCUGGGGGCCAGAGGCCGAGCCCACAGAAGCUCGCUGACUAA